GAAGAGGGCCGCUUCCGGCCGCUGCGCCCGUUACCAAAAUGGUCGACGCAGCUUCACGGGGCGGUGCAAGAAAAGGUGGCUAAGGAUUCGCAGGCGGGAUGUUGCGGACAGCGCUGAGCCGCAUGCCGACACUACUUCGUAGUGUGCGGACCCGGGAUUCCGGACCGCGGCGGCUUUGGGAUUUGGGGGCUCGCCUAAAGACCGCGGAGAGACUUCGGGGCUGGGCCUGGGGCUGGGCCUCGGGCUGGCGGAGCUCGAGCUCCGCGCCGGGAUCAGGGCGUGCGGCGGCGCUGGGGCGCGUGGAAGCGGACCACUAUCAACUCGUCUACACCUGCAAGCUAGGUCUGUGGGACUCGGUCAUCCAAGCGCAUCUCAAAGUUGGCCUAUCACCAGGGCGUGGUCAUCGUGACUUGCCCUGGUUGCCAGAACCACCACAUCAUCGCAGACAACCUAAGCUGGUUCUCUGACCUGAAGGGGAAGAGGAAUAUUGAAGAGAUCCUAGCAGCCAGAGGAGAGGAGGUACGCCGAGUGUCUGGUGACGGUGCCCUGGAACUGAUUCUGGAGGCUGCUGUACCCCCUGACACCCCAGAAGGGGAUGAGGAUCCCCCCAACCCUGGCAAGAUGGGACAGAGCUGAUCUGCAUACUCCUACAGCUGCAGACUCCAGUCUUCCCAAAAGUCGCUCCCUUCACUUGGAGCCUCACAAGCCUGCUGCUGUUCCUUGUCAGUAAAAAGCCAUCACCUCCAGGCACCGGGCCUGGGCUCCUGUUUUUCUCUUGUGAAGUCAGAACAACUCUGUGGCUGUAGGAGCCCAGCCUCAUGCCCACCCAUGAUAGCCACAGUGGUGGCUUCGGGGGUGGCUUUGUCCCAGUGCAGUCGGUCUCCUUCUUAAGUAGGGCUGGAUCUGGUCUUGAGUUAGGCUCGUGGCCUCAGGUGGUUUUUUGUUCCUCAGAGCUCUUUACUUCUUCCUUCUAUAUGACCUGCCUCCACCCCCACCCCACCCCCAGCCCUGGUGGCUUCUGUUGUUGAGCUAGUGUCCAGCCCAGCCCUGAGGUUUGGUUUCUGUAGCAGAACUGGCUGCUCUGGGUGGCCGCCGAGGAGCAGAGCGCUGCUCAGAGGCUUAGGGGAGUGAUCCAGGCAGAGGCACACCACACACACACACACACACACACACACACACACACACCACACCACCCAUGAGCUGCCUGCACCUCUCAAUCCUCCUGUCUUGAGGUCCAAGAGGAGAUGCAUGGAAGUGAUGAGGGCCGUAUCAUGCUUGCCUUGUGUGUGCUUCAUCUCCUAACUUGGUUUGACAUGCCUUUGGGAUAGUCUUGUGUUUAGGAAGUCAAGCAGAUGCACAAACAGGCUUUUUGUGGGAGUUUCUGGGCCCUGUGACCUUCAACAUCUGGCAGGGGGGAUCCUGGGACAGGGGGUGGAGAAGGCAGUUGACACGGACACAAUGCUUCCCUGGCUCCUGGGACCCCAGCUAGUGAUUAGCAGUUCACUCUGGGCCCUGGGAGGCCGGGUGCACUUGCAGUCUGUGCCUUCCCUCGAUUACCCCCUGUCCUUCCCUCAGCAAACACCCUGCUAUUAUCCCCACCCUAGCCUCCUGUGCCAUUUGUACAAACUGUCACAUCCUGGAGGAAGAGCCAGCCUCCGACUCCAGCCUGCUCCCUGUGGAGGACACCGAGGUCAGAGGAGCCGAUUGCCUUGCUUGUGGGCCUUCAAGUCAGGAACCAGUGGAGCCUGGCUGGGCUGCCUCGUCCUCAGGUGUCUGGGCCAGAGUUGUCGGAGGCCUGGGGCUGGCUAGACCUGACAGUACAGAGCUGGAUCUAGCGUAUCUCCUCUAGAUGGGAAGCCCAUGAUUUGGACUUACCUCCUGUGUGUGUGUGCCUUCUGCCUGUUGCUGCUCCAGAGCCUCCUUCCCAGGGAGGGUCUCCUGUGCAUCAGGAUUUCACUUGAAGCUUCACUUUCCACAUAGUCCAUUCUUGCAGAGUCCAUACCUCACCGUGUUCUGCAGACUCACCACGGGCCACAGUUCCCAAUCAUGUGGCCAGGUUCCUGACAGCCUGGAAUUGUUCUGACUAGUUUAGUUCUCCAUUCCUUCCUCCCUUUCAGUGGAGACUAAGUAAAGUACCACCCCAACAUCACAGCACCUCUUGGCCAGACCAGCGUGACUCCUGUGGGGUGGCUUGGCUCUCUCAAUACAUCCCCUUCCCAUGGCAGCCAUCUCUGGCAGCUGGCCUCCCGGCACCUGAGCAAUUUCAGCCUGCCCAGAAGCGUGGCUGCCUCUAGAGCAACCACAGUGCUCUAGACGAUAGAGAAUUCUCUAGGCUAUUUUACUGGUCUUAGCUAUGUUCUGCUACCCUUGGCCCAUCAGGACACUCCCCAAAGGGCCCAAUCAGGAUCUGAGUUACAUGGGGUGCUGCCCACUACAUGAACAUUGAAGACAAGUUCCUCUGUGGCUUAGAUUGGCAUAAUCCAGCGCUUGUAAUGGGAACUGCUAAGACAUAGGAAGCUCUGGGGCUGGGUCCAAUCCAGUCGGGGGCGGGGAGGCUGCUUGGAAGGGCUAGUCCUGAGUGUUUACCAAUGUACUGUGACAUCCCUGGCUUCUGUUUCCUGUCUCUGGAAAGUCAGCAUAAUGGAGAACAGCAGAGAAAGCAGCAGUAGCGGCUCUGGCCCCGCCUCUCACUGUCGCAUGCAGCAGAGACAUGCUGCAUGAUCUCAGGGGCCUUGUACACUGCACUGGGUAAGCCAAUACCAUGUCCUGGGAAGGCUGACACAAAUUCCAACAGAAGCCACACUCACUUGGCAGACUUUUAUUUUUGGGUAAAACAAAACAAAUGUACCUCUCGGGUCAGAAAGGACCCAUGAACAACAUGGCAAACACAUGUAAGCAAUAAAUACGCAUGUACAUUCAAGUA